AUGCUGGUCAGUUUAGGGCGGAUCACAGUAGCCCUGUGUGCGUCUAUGACAGGGGAGAAGCUGCCACCUCUCGUCAUUGGUAAAUCUGCAAAGCCUCGGUGUUUUGGGAAAAUCAAGACAGAGAAACUUCCUGUUAUGUACAGAAACAACAAAAAGGCAUGGAUGAACACAGAAUUAAUGAAAGAGUGGUUAAAGUCCGUUGACCAAAUGAUGCGCCGACAGAGUAGAAAAGUGCUCCUAUUUUUUGACAACGCCCCAUCCCAUCCCAAAAUCAACCUACAGAACGUGAAAAUUGUGUUCUUUCCGGCAAACACAACGUCAUUGUCCCAGCCAAUGGAUCAGGGAAUCAUCCAAACCCUGAAACUGAAGUACAGAAAACGACAGCUUCAGUACAUUCUGACUCAGACGGAAAAAAAUGACAAGGUUGGAUCUCAGGUAUUGCAGCAGAUAUCCACUCUAGACGCGAUCUAUUGGAUCAAUGGGUCAUGGAAAAACAUCGAAGUGUCAACGAUCCAAAAGUGUUUCGCCAUAUGUGGGUUCGCCAUGACCAUGUUUCCCAGUGAUUGUCCAGUUGUCAGUGCUAGUGAAAAAACUGAUGAUAACAUUUAUGAGGACAGUGUUGACAUCGACACAGAUGAUGUGCCUUUUGCAGUGUUGAAAAUCUCAAAUGAGUUGUUUGGGGUUAGUUACAGUGGUAAUUUUGAGAUUGAUAAGUGUGCCCCAGUGUGUGAAACUGAAACUUCUGAAGUAGACUGGGAAGAGAAUGCAGCAAACAUUAUGAAGUCAUUGAAGUCAUCUGAAAACGUUGAUGAAAAUGAUGAAGAUGAUGUGUUGGAUAUUGGGGCAUUUGCAGAUGAAACUGUAACUAUGGAUGAAGCAUGCGAUAUGGUAGAAAAAUUGAAAAGAUUCGCACUAACCAUGGGGCAAGACAAAAUGCUAACAAACAUAAUGGAAUUACAGGAGCUUUUAGUCGCUGGUAGUGCGAAGUGCACAGCAAGCAAACAAAAAUUGAAGACUUCUUCGCAAAGAAAGCAAUAUAGAAACUGA